AUGGCGUUGCUGAACAUGAUGGAUCAUGGUUUAUUCAAGUUGGACAAUGUGCUUUUCGAGGUUGAUACUGCAGAUGCAACCGAUGAUGACAAGCCCCUGGAGGAUGAACCUCAGAAUGAGUUUGAUAACGAUGCAGGUGAUGAUGAUUUCAAGCACCUGUCACAGAAUGCAGAAGAUCAUGUGCCAGCCUUUGACGAACUUGAUGAAGAUGUUCUGACGGGACAGUUAUUCGCUGAGAAUCCCCAGGAGCUGGCUCAGUAUGCAGAGAAUCAUGUGCCAAUGUAUGAUGACCAUGAUUAUGGUCCUGAUCGGCUGCAGAGAAUUCAGUGUACUUUGGCUAACUCACAGCGAUAUGAAGCACAUGGUCUCGACAUGCUGGCACACGCCGCACUGUUGUUGACCCAGCUUCGGACUGCUGAAAGGUCUGACCAUGUCCGUGUCUCCGAGGCUCACCUCGAGGGGAUCACUCGGUGGGCCGAACAGAUGGGUGCGUAUGCAGAAGUUCUGGAUGAUUACUGUGACGAGGUGCACGAGUUUGCGUUAUACCUGAUUCGCUUUGAUUUGGAAGAUCCAGUGUUUGCAAGGCACCAGGAGUUGGAAACAGUGGCUAACCGGUUAAUAAGAGAGCAAAGAAACUUGAGAGCGCGGGUCAGGCGUGCACGGGAAAGAAUGCAGGUGUGGCAGGCAUGGUUUGAUGAGAGGGUGAGGCUUCUGCAUCUGAGAUAAUGUAGCGCGGGUCAAGCACGCAGGGGAAAGAGUGCAAGUCAACAGUGCCCAAGAUGUCAAAGCGCUGUCUGCCGAGGAUCAAGUGAAUGCGCAUGGGAACGCUAGGGAGUCUAACGCUGUGGAGAAGCAGGAUCUUCAGGACUAGGAAUAGGGGGUGCCUUGCCUUGGGCUGUGUCAUUGGGAUCUCUCCUGACUGUAUCAUCAGGUUGAGCAAGAUACAUGUAUAAUAGAAUACGAACUUCCUCGACUGUAGCAUGCGGGUUCUUAUGUUCCUCUUUGUUAUAUAUUGGCUUGGUUUUGUUUGGUUGGUUGGCUGAAACCAACACCAUGCAUUUUCUGUGCCAAGAGUUGAUAAACAAUCACCAUGCAUUUUCUGUGCCAAGAGUUGAAAAACAAUCUGAUGACA